AUGGACAGAGAAAGCCUUGCUGGUGCCCAGCUAGUCUCAAACGAUGAACUAUAUCAAACCAGCACUAUCACCUGCGGUGUCCAAUUUAUAGGAAACGACACUGUUUUUGCUCUAACGUCUGCUCAUGCAUUCGAGGACAAUGACAAGGAAGAGAGCGAUAAGCGUGCCUCGGACCCCGAGGACUCAAUGUCAGAUUACAGUAGCUCAGGCAGCGAUUAUGUAAACGACUAUGGACUCUCAGAAACGGUCGGUGAGUAUGACUGGGACGAGAUCGAAAUAGAAGCAGCUGCAGUGAGAAAAGGCCAAGAGCCCAGUUUGAGCUGCCCUAGCGAACCAGCUCCAAGACAGAAAGUUUGGGAACAUCCCAGCCGCUUCAAGAUCGAGCCUGACCAGGUGUGGGGGAGACCGGACGAUCCAAAAUGGGCAGAUCAGCCAGAUCUUGACUGGGCUUUGGUAGAAAUGCCGAAUUCAUGUGUUUUUGACGAAAAAUGGGAAAUGAUACCGUCUGACCUUCCCAAGACCCCAACUACCGUUGUUGUCGUCACCCGUUAUGGGUUUCGUAAGGGCACAUCAUCAAGCAUUCCUUCCUAUAUCUCCAGAUCUAGGAAUUCUACCGCCUGGACUAAAGUGUGGACAAUUGCCCUUGAUGAAGACGAGCAAAGGCAUCUACACAUAGGUGAUAGUGGCUCACCAGUACUUAACGUUGAUUCCGAUACAGUAUACGGCUAUGUGACUGCACUCAAUUGCUUCGGCGAGCUUCAUAUGAUGCCAAUCCAAGCAGUAUUGGACCAAAUAUGGGAUAUGGUACAGCCACUCGAAGCUGAUUCAAAGCCAAUAAUA